AGCUGAGGAUUCAGUCCACGCGCGAUCACCAAACCCUGAGCACACGAUUUCUCCGCGACUUCUCUCUAAAUCCCAUUAAUCCACCCAAAAAUUUCCCUCCCGUGUGAAUUCCCCUGUGGUGGUACAUCUCAAAAUUUCCACGGUAGCCCAGAAAUUAAAGGGUCGAGUCAUCGAAAUCAAAUCGAACGUCAGUGGAUCGAUAAACAAGACCCACGUGUUUCAAGGUCACCGCGUUAAGAACCUCCAGACGCGCCGUGACGCAGUCACCGAAAAUUCCACUGAUCGCAACAAUUCGAUUGUACUCGUGAAAACAAAAGGAUCGAGAAUGCCCGCCGAUGCAGAACUCAGCACGAUUUUGAGCCGCCGUCAGAAGAUCAAUGAUCAAUUAGAGGAGGGGAAGGAAGUCAAAAAACAGUACAAAUUUGUUAAUGUUUACAUGGAAUUUCACGAACUGUCUCGUCGGGAGAUCAAGCAGUACGAGCAGACCUUCAACAGGUUUGAUGAUGGAAAAGAUGGGUUCCUGGAUCUUGCCGAGCUGAAGCGGAUGAUGGAGGUCCUUGGUGCACCCCAGACCCACUUGGGGCUCAAGGCCAUGAUCCAGGAAGUCGAUGAGGAUGGCGAUGGUCGCAUCUCGUUUCGCGAGUUCUUGCUGAUCUACAGAAAAGCCCAUGCUGGAGAAUUAGCGCAAGAUUCUGGUCUCGGGCAAUUGGCCAGAUUGACAGAAGUGAACGUCGACGAAGUUGGAGUCACUGGGGCUAAAAAUUUCUUUGAGGCUAAGAUUGAACAAUUACGGAAAUCAAGCAAAUUUGAAGAUGAAAUUCGAAUGGAGCAAGAGGAACGACGACGCGAGGAGGAGGAGAAGGCAGCAAGACGUGCGCAAUUUCGCGAGAGAGCCGCUAUCUUCGGAAAGAAUUAAGUCUGAAUUUUAAAAAACUAGGAUUAGGUAUUAUCGUAUAAAAUGACAAUGCUUUUUAUCAAAUCCGUAGACGAAUUUUCACAAGCUGCGCAAUAUGGUAUCCUGAAGUUAUUCGAAUUACGAUUAUCGGUGUUAUUUAAGAAACAAAAUUAUAGUUUAGAAUGAAAAUGUUGAAGGUAUAGAAAUUACGAACUGUUGGCAUUCAAUAUCAUUCAAGUUUUUAAAAUUUAAGAUUAUAAAAAAAUGCGCUUAACAUAUUUUAGCAAUGAGAGAGCAACUGAAAGUGUAAUUGUAUAAGUCUUUAGAGUGUAAAGUAUUUUACUUGUUUUUAUCUUAUAAUAUCGUGAUAUCUCACGAAUUAUGGUCACUUAUCGUCUAAUCGCAGAGGGGUAACACGAAAUCUUCUUGAUAGAAGCUUCUUAUUUCGUCGUUAAAUAGGUCAUAUCACUUUUAAUUGAUAGUUUUCAUCGUCAAAUUUUCUUUUACCUUCAUGUGUACAUAAACUGAUUUAUCGUCCCUUCAUUCAUUGAUGUAAUGCCGUGGUUUUAUUAUUUUAAGAAUAUUCAUUGUGAUAAAAUAAAGGAAAAUUAUCAAAGUAAA